CACACGCAUGUUCUCCAUCCACGCCAGGUCCGGCCUCCAGUGCUGUCCCGUCCAGAAGGGCUGCCCUGAAGCUCUGGCUGCAGCCCUCCCGUCCAGCUGGAGGGCGGCUUCAUCCUUCCUCUCCCUCCCAAAGCCCAACUGCUGUCACUGCAUGCUCUGCCAAGGAGGAGGGAACUGCAGUGACAGCAGGAGUGAGAGUGGGAGGCAGGACCGAGCCGGGACCCAGGUAUGGAGAUGGGGUGCAGCCAGCCUGGAGAGGGCAGAUGAGCAGGUGCCGGCGGUGAGAGUCCAGGGAGAGGAGCAGAAACAGAAAAGGGGCAGAAGACAGGGGCACUUGUGGGUUGCAGAGCCACCCGGCCAUGUUGGGAGCCAAGCCACACUGGCUACCAGGUCCCCUACACAGUCUGGGGCUGCCCUUGGCUCUGGUGCUUCUGGCCCUGGGGACUGGGUGGGCCCAGGAGGGGUCAGAGCCUGUCCUGCUGGAAGGGGAGUGCCUGGUGGUCUGUGAACCUGGCAGAGCUGCUGCAGGGGGGCCCGGGGGAGCAGCCCUGGGAGAGGCGCCCCCUGGGAGAGUGGCAUUUGCUGCGGUCAGAAGCCACCACCAUGAGCCAGCAGGGGAAACCGGCAAUGGCACCACGGGGGCCAUCUACUUCGACCAGGUGCUGGUGAACGAGGGCGGUGGCUUUGACCGGGCCUCGGGCUCCUUCGUAGCCCCUGUCCGGGGUGUCUACAGCUUCCGGUUCCAUGUGGUGAAGGUGUACAACCGCCAAACUGUCCAGGUGAGCCUGAUGUUGAACACGUGGCCUGUCAUCUCAGCCUUUGCCAAUGACCCAGACGUGACCCGGGAGGCAGCCACCAGCUCUGUGCUACUGCCCUUGGACCCUGGGGACCGAGUGUCUCUGCGCCUGCGUCGGGGAAAUCUACUGGGUGGCUGGAAAUACUCAAGCUUCUCUGGCUUCCUCAUCUUCCCCCUCUGAGGACCCAAGCCCUUCAAGGACAAGAAUCCAGCCCUUGCCCACUUUCUUCUGCCCUCUCUUGUCCCAGAACCAGCAGAGGCAGGAGAGAGACUCCCUCUGGCUGCCUGUAUCCCACCUCCUUGCAUGGGACCCUGUGCCAAACACCCAAGUUUAAGAAAAGAGUAGAGCUGUGGCAUCUCCAGACCUGGCCUUCCCACUCACCCAUCCCCAGUUACCCUCCCAGCCACCUGCUGCAUCUGUUCCUGCCUGCAGCCCUAGGAUCAGGGCAAGGUUUGGCAAGAAGGGAGAUCUGUACUACUUUGCAGGCUCUGCUCCUCCUGUUCCCCCACCCCAGCUUCCUGCUCAAUGCUGUUUGGGACAGGUGGCACAGGUGAGCCUGACAGGCCCCCACAGGGGCCCAGAUGGACUAGCCUGAGCGUACCCUGCAGGCUUCUUCCUGCGAGGAAUGCCAGCAUCACGGAUCUCAGCCAGCACCAUCAGAAGCUAAACCAGCACCGUAUGGGCUAGGGUGAGAGGCUCCACUACAGGCAGAAGUGUGGGAAGGGCCUGGAGUCUAUGGCUGGUGAGGAAGGAAGGAGGGUGUAUGACCUAGUCUGAACAUGGUACACAUUCUGCAUGUAUAGCAGGGCAGCCAGCAGGCAGCAAUCCUGGCUGUCCUUCUGUGCCAAAUCCCAGAUAGACUUUGGCCUUUACCUUCCUACCUGAGACUAGGGUGUGUGUGUUUGCCCUGGCCGUGAGCAGAGCUGAGAGUGGGUGUACAGAGCUGGAGGUGGACCAUGGAAAACAUCGAUAACCAUGCAUCCUCUGGUUUGUCCACCUCCUGAAACUGCUCCACCUUUGACGUUCAAACUUCAGUCACUCCACAGUCUGACUGCCGCCUCCUUCCUCCCAGCUCUCUCACUGAGUUAUCUUCACCGUACCUGUUCCAGCCUAUCCCUGCCAUCUCUUUUUCUCCUAAUCUGUACUACCGUAUUCUUUUUCUUAAGCUUUCUAUUACCUGGGAUUCCAUGAUUCAUUCCUUCAGAUGCUCUCCUGCCAGUAUGCCAAACCCUCCCUCUCUCUUUCUUAUGCCGCUGUCCCAUUGACCCAGCCUGGAUGAAUCUGUCCGUAAAACAACUAGAGAAUGGUGGUCAGUGAGACACUAUACAAUCACUAAAGAGAAGAUACCAUUGAAGUUUGGAUCGGGUGUUACAGGCUACAAGUAGGUAUGUUGUAGAGAAAAAUAAAUAUUAAACUGUAUGCUAAAGUUAAAUUUUAAAA